CUCACCAGUAGUAGCGAUGCUUCCCUGCUCUGCAAGAUGCGCGCACUAAACACCAUAUUUUGCUUACCUUCCGUUAUUGGUGUGAAACGUGCGCCAUAUAGGGGAGGGUAGAGAGAGCGGGCGAGCGAGCGAGAGAGAGAGAGCUGUCAAAUCUGUUUAGAUUACUGCAUAAACACUGUUUGAACUGGCAGGAGAUGUAUUCACCAAUGGUAAUUGCGCUCAGCGGACAAGGAAAGCUAUACACUUGCAUAUGCACUUAAAACUACGCGGAUAUGUCUACAGUCAUGAUUUUAACGCACCGGUGAAACGUAUUUUUUUCAUAUCAUAGAUUAUUCAAAAGAACAAAGGAUAUUGUCAGAUCAGUGAACACCAUAUUUAUAGUCUAGUUAUUGCACAAAUAAUUAUAUACAACAGGCGGGAAUCCCGUUAAAAGUGAAACAUGUCCAGGAAAAAGACAAUGAAAGGCAAGGGGACCUCCAAAAGCCCGACUGCAUCCCCGAACAAGAGCAAAGACAGCGGGAAAAGUGGUAAAGGGAUCGGAGCCGGGGCUCCAUCCAACGGAUUGGUCUAUCCGAGCCGCCCCUCACUCAGCAACAGUAGGGAGUUUUAUGAUAUCACUUUUAAGGUGAUGCUGGUGGGAGACUCAGGUGUAGGGAAGACUUGCCUGCUGGUUCGCUUUAAGGAUGGAGCUUUCCUGGCCGGUAGCUUUAUUUCUACUGUGGGCAUUGACUUCAGGAAUAAAGUGUUGAACAUUGACGCGCUGAAGGUCAAGCUGCAGAUCUGGGACACUGCUGGGCAAGAAAGGUUCCGCAGCGUCACACACGCCUACUACCGUGACGCUCAUGCUCUCCUCUUGCUCUACGACGUCACUAACAAGGCCUCCUUUGACAACAUUAAGGCAUGGCUGACAGAGAUACAUGAGUAUGCUCAGCAGGACGUGGUGCUAAUGCUGCUGGGCAACAAGGCUGAUGUGGCACACGAGAGAGUGGUGAAGAGAGAGGAGGGAGAGAAACUGGCCAAGGUACCUUGUACACUAAGACUUAGAGGACUCUCGCUUUACACUGUGCAGGUGUUUGGGGUGCCCUUCAUGGAGACCAGUGCUAAGUCUGGCCUGAAUGUGGAGCUGGCAUUCACUGCUGUGGCCAAAGAGCUGAAGCACAGGUCGAUGAAGGAGCCUGACGAUCCAAAGUUUCAGCUUCAGGAUUAUGUCAACAAGGAGAUGAAAAGUGCUGGCUGCUGCCACUCAUAAACCUGUCUUCUGUGUGUGUGUGUGUGUGUGGGGGGGGGGGGUAUCUGGUGUGUGUGUGUGUGUGUGGGGGGGGUAUCUGGUGUGUAUGUGUGUGUGUGUGUGUGGUUGGACGUGUUUAACUAUUCUUGUGGGGACCAGAAGUCCCCACAAGAAUAGUAAAUGAACAAAAAGUUGACCAGCUGGGGACAUUUUGUUAGUCCCCACAAGGUCAAAUGCUAUUUCUAGGGGGUUUAGGGUUAAGGUUAGAAUUAGUGUUAGGGUUAGAAUUAAAUUAAAUAUUAAGGUUAGGAGCUAGGGUUAGUGUUAGGAGCUACGGUUAGGUUUAGGGUUAGGAUAAAGUUUAGGUUUUUGGGUUAGGGUUAGGGUUAAGGUUAGGGUUAGGGUAAGAGUACGGGUUAGGAUUAGGGUUAGGAGUUAGGGAAAAUAGGAUUUUGAAUGGGACUGAAUUGUAUGUCCCCACAAGGUUAGCUGUACAAGACUCUGUGUGUGUGUAUGUCUACCAGUAUGUCUUCUGACUUGUGUUUCUGUGUCAUUUUCCUCAUGCAUGUUGAUGCAAGUGCACUGUAUUUAUGAAUAUGUGUGAUACAUUUAAGUUUUAACAGUGGUGGGCGUGUAUGUAUGUUGUAUGAGUGGAUUCAUUUUGCAUGGUCUUCUGCCCCCUACUGUAUGAUAAAAGGGUGACACAAGUUCAGUGCAUAGAUACAGUAAGAAUCACAGUCUGUCAGUCAAUCCUUUUUGUGAAACUCAUUCAGUAAAGAGCACUAAGCAGAGUAGACAUCAAACAUCAACUUAUCAAAGUACACCCACUAUAUUAAGGUUACCGGUCGAGUAUUUCAAGUUAGAGUACCUCUGCAUCAUCUUCCACCUUCUCAGAUUAUUUCUCUUCCUGGUGAUAUUUUGUGUUCUCAUCAGGGCCGAGGACACAAUGUCGCUUAUGCCUGGAGCCGGCUCUGGUCUUCAUCCAAGUCAUACCCCACCCAACUGCAGCUCCCUCCUCACCCACCUCUUCUUGCAUCUGUGAAUGUAUCCAAAAUCCAUUUGUAGCCUUCACUCUCUCCUCGUUGUAAUUCCUCAUUUGGGAUUCAUCAUUCCACAUCCACUUGAGUUAUUUUGUGCAAUAUUACUAAGAAUGUAUGUGGUGUAUAUAUUUUAAAUGAAAUGUAUAAUCUGGAGCUUUAUAGUUUGCAUUACUUGUAAAUGGUUGUCUUGUUGAUGCCGAAUUGAAAAUGGAGUCAAGUGAUGUAGAAAAUCUAGAGAUAGUAAAGUAGCAGAAAUAGAAACCGUGGGCUGCUUAUACAAUUGAAAUGUGCAUUGAAGCACUAUAAUAUCAGCAUGGACUGCCGUAACACUUAAUGAAAGGGUUUGUUCAAAUGUUUGAAUGCUGUUGUAUGUGUUUCUGUUGUACAGGUUGUCUAACAUCGUGUGAUAUUGAUAUUCUCGAGGCAAAACCUCUGUCCUGUAUUUUAAUACAGUAUUGUUCAGUAUACUGACUUUAUUUCGGAAAUGCCAUGAUUUAUCAAUGUCUUUCUCGUCAGGACCGUUGUAUUUUGAGAAGUUGCCCUCUGCAAAUCUGACCUUUGUAUCAAUUUACAGCACUUUUGAGUUCACUGGAUUCAUAAUUCUGGGUGUAUAAAUAGAAAUGUAUGUAAUUGCCUAACGUAAAUGAUAUCGAGUUUCAUACUGGUUUUUGUUCAUAUUUAACUGAAAUACUAUAAUGCUUGACGAAAGAAUAUUGAUGCAAUAUUGAAUUAGGACGUACAGAUUUGACAGCAAAUCAUGAAAUGUUUUGACUAUAGAUAAGAGUGUAAACCUACUGUACUUCUGUAGUCCACUCAGAUACAGUAAGUCAUAUUUUUUAUGUAAAUUCACUAUUCACAAUAAAGUUUAAGAUGCACAGUA